AUGAUGAGCUCAACAGUAAUUCAAGAAUAUAGAUAUAUCCUUAGACUUUUACUAUUGAACAAAAGACUAUCAUUAUCAGAAUUGCGAAACGUUAGAAAAUACUAUAUAGCUACGAAAAAAUAUCAAAAUCCAGUAAUAUGUAACAAUAUGCUACAUAGUGUCAGAAUAUUCCUUUCUAACGAGACAGAAUAUAGACGGUUAAUGGAUCUAUAUAAUCCACUGAAUCAAUUAACUAAACGCGAACGAAUUUCUAAGACAGCUAACCAUGUCGGUUUGAAAGUUCCUGAAUAA